CGCGUGGAGAGAUCGACUGAGAAUUAGUGAGUGAACAAAGAGAACUCCCGGCAGCCAGCCGCGCGCCAGCGCCUCUCAGCUGCAUCAGGAGCCUCCAGAGGGUCAGGCCAAGGGUGCAGGCUGCUCCAUUGGGCCUCCCAAGGAAAAGAACUCAAGUAAAUAAUUGAUGGAGAUUGAUCGGACCCGAGACAAAGCAUUGCAGGAAACCAAUACAUCCGAUUUUAAGCGGUUUUGGAGUCUUCUGCCAAGUACAGGAAAUGGGAGUGGAGCAAGGAUUUUGAUGAGCCAGACUGACAAUUCUCCAUCUGGGGCGUGGCUCUGGCCUUUUUGUCUUCUUGCCUCCCACCCGCUACCCCGGCUCCCCAUCCUCACCUUCUCUCUUCUCUUUGAGUAACCACUCCGGUUACUUCUCUCCUGUCCUCCCUCCAAUCCCGCCCUCUUUCCAGCCCAGUCCGGUGAGGUCAGCUCAUGAAUACCACUGCACUUCCUGGGGAUCGUCUGGCACGGCUUGGUACCCGGACAUGGUCUGAUGCAGUUGCAGCUCCAGCCCAGUCAAGCAUCGCCGGCUAGGAACCCGCUCCCAGAGUUCCCAGUCUUUGUGGUUACCGCCUUUGUUUGGAGAACCAGAGUGGGUGUGGAUCCGGUGCAAGCAAGCCUGCUCAGCAAGAAAGUCAACACUACUAAGUUGAACUCUCCCUGAAAGAUAAACCCGGAGGUCUUCGAAAUAUCAGGAAGAAAGCAGUGUUGAUUUGCAUCAACUUCCUGGAAGCAGCACCUCUGCAGAGAUGUGAGAACUUCUGGAUUUAGAGGUUGAGAAACCGGCUUAGAAAGGAAGGUUGGUGGCAGAAAGGAGAGCAGAGGAUGAUCUAGCGAUGGACCGUUCCAUGUCGCAUCCGGUAGGUUCUUCCUAGACUGCCAUGAGUCAGCCACCGUCCGGGGGCGCUGCCCCAGCCGCAACCUCAGCUUCUGCUGCCGCCGCCGCAGCCACGGAGGCUCGCCUGCACCCGGAGGGCAGCAGCAGAAAGCAGCAGCGAGCUCAGUCACCUGCUAGGCCUAGGGACAAUUCUUUCCGACAGACCGCCGCGGCCACGCGGUCCCCGCUCGGGGUCGGCACGAAACUCAAUUCCGUCCGGCAGCAGCAGCUGCAGCAGCAACAGCAGCAGCAACAGCAGGGUACCAAGAUCCCCGGUCGCAGCGCCUCUGGGGCCGGCUCUAGAGGAUGCGGAGGCGGGGCGGAGAAGGCGACGCCCGCGGUACCCAAAGGGGCUGCUCCCGGAGCUGUCCAGCCCGCGCCUGGUGCUGAAGGGUCCCCCGCGGCGAUCCUGGCCUCUGUGAGCGGCAGGAGGCCCGGGCCACCCGAGGACCCACCCCGGGAGAUAGAGUCGGUGCCCUCGAAAGUCGGGGAACCCCCUCCGCUCGGGGGAGGAGGGGGAGGGGGCGGGGAAGGAGGAGGAGCCGGCGGCGGCCCGGGGGACCGGGAGGGGGGCGCUCCGCAGCCGCCACCGCCCAGGGUUUGGCGAGGGAAAGGCGUCCGCGCCUCGCAGAGGGGUAGCAGCGGCGGGGAGGGGGUAUCCCCUUCGCCAUCCACCGCUGCUACAAGCAGAGCCCCCGGCCCCGGCAGCAGAAACUCUGGAAGCGGCGUCGCAGGGGGCGGCAGCGGAGGUGGAGGGAGCUACUGGAAGGAGGGAUGUCUGCAGUCUGAGCUCAUCCAGUUCCAUCUCAAGAAGGAGCGGGCGGCGGCGGCGGCGGCGGCGGCGGCCGCGGCUCAGAUGCACACUAAAAACGGCGGCGGCGGCAGCCGCAGCUCCCCGGUGGCCGGCGCCCCUGCCAUCUGUGAGCCCCUUGUGGUCCCCUCCUCCUCCUCGUCCUCCUCCUCCCCAAUGGCGGCCGCGGCCGAGGGCCCCCAACAGAGCGCAGAGAGCAGCGGCGGCAGCGGCGGGGCCAUGCAGGCGGCGGCUCCCCCCUCGUCGCAGUCCCACCCGCCGCAGCUCCAGGAGCAGGAGGAGAUGCAGGAGGAGAUGGAGAAGCUGCGGGAAGAGAACGAGACUCUCAAGAACGAGAUCGAUGAGCUGAGGACCGAGAUGGACGAGAUGCGAGAUACUUUCUUCGAGGAGGACGCCUGUCAGCUGCAGGAAAUGCGCCAUGAGUUGGAGAGAGCCAACAAAAACUGCCGGAUCCUGCAGUACCGCCUCCGCAAAGCCGAGCGCAAAAGGCUCCGUUACGCGCAGACCGGGGAAAUUGAUGGCGAGCUGUUGCGCAGCCUGGAGCAGGACCUCAAGGUUGCAAAGGAUGUAUCUGUGAGACUCCACCACGAACUGGAAAAUGUGGAAGAAAAAAGGACAACAACAGAAGAUGAAAAUGAGAAGCUGAGGCAGCAGCUUAUAGAAGUUGAAAUUGCAAAGCAAGCCUUACAGAAUGAACUGGAAAAAAUGAAGGAGUUAUCCUUAAAAAGAAGAGGAAGUAAAGAUUUGCCAAAAUCUGAAAAAAAGGCUCAACAGACUCCCACAGAGGAGGACAAUGAGGAUUUGAAGUGCCAGCUGCAGUUCGUUAAGGAAGAAGCUGCCCUGAUGAGAAAGAAAAUGGCCAAGAUCGAUAAAGAAAAGGACAGAUUUGAGCACGAACUCCAGAAGUACAGAUCCUUCUAUGGGGAUCUGGACAGUCCUCUACCCAAAGGAGAAGCUGGGGGACCUCCCAGCACCAGGGAGGCCGAGCUCAAGCUGAGGCUGCGGCUGGUGGAGGAAGAGGCCAACAUCCUGGGCAGGAAAAUAGUGGAACUCGAGGUGGAGAACCGAGGCCUGAAGGCCGAACUGGACGACCUGCGGGGCGAUGACUUCAAUGGCUCGGCCAACCCCCUCAUGAGGGAGCAGAGCGAGUCCUUGUCGGAGCUGCGGCAGCACCUGCAGCUGGUGGAGGACGAGACCGAAUUGCUGCGGAGGAACGUGGCCGACCUGGAGGAGCAGAACAAACGCAUCACCGCGGAGCUCAACAAAUACAAGUACAAGUCCAGCGGCCACGACAGCUCCAGGCACCACGACAGCGCCAAGACCGAGGCGCUGCAGGAGGAGCUGAAGGCGGCGCGCCUGCAGAUCAACGAGCUGAGCGGCAAGGUCAUGCAGCUGCAGUACGAGAACCGCGUGCUCAUGUCCAACAUGCAGCGCUACGACCUGGCCUCACACCUGGGCAUCCGCGGCAGCCCCCGCGACAGCGACGCCGAGAGCGACGCGGGCAAGAAGGAGAGCGACGACGACUCCCGGCCUCCCCAUCGCAAGCGCGAAGGGCCGAUCGGCGGCGAGAGCGACUCGGAGGAGGUGCGGAACAUCCGCUCUCUCACGCCCACCCGCUCCUUCUACCCGGCACCCGGACCCUGGCCCAAGAGCUUCUCCGACCGACAGCAGAUGAAGGACAUCCGCUCCGAGGCCGAGCGCCUGGGAAAGACCAUCGAUCGGCUCAUCGCGGACACGAGCACCAUCAUCACCGAGGCGCGCAUCUACGUGGCCAACGGGGACCUGUUCGGACUGAUGGACGAGGAGGACGACGGCAGCCGCAUCCGGGAGCACGAGCUGCUCUACCGCAUCAAUGCACAGAUGAAGGCCUUCCGCAAGGAGCUGCAGACCUUCAUCGACCGCCUGGAGGUGCCCAAGUCUGCGGAUGACCGCGGCGCCGAGGAGCCCAUAUCCGUGAGUCAGAUGUUCCAGCCCAUCAUUUUACUUAUUCUCAUCCUUGUAUUAUUUUCUUCGCUUUCUUACACAACAAUAUUUAAACUUGUCUUCCUUUUCACACUGUUUUUUGUACUGUAAGCCCUUCAUCGUU